CCCGUGCGGCAGCUCCUCAGAGGCGGGCGCGGCUGUAACGCCCCAAGCACGAAAUCCUGACGCCGCCACGCAGAGCCCAUUGAACCGCGACCAACAAAACGAGCCAUGAGGCAUUCCAACAGACGGUGCUGUGGCGGCGACGCGACAACAGGAAGCUUUCUGACCACCGCGGGGUCGCACAGGACCACCGGCACCAAACAGCAGCCCGCCCGCAUUGUGCGUCUGCUUAAGCUCGCAGCCUGCUCCUUUUGUCUAUAACAGCCAUGUGGCCUCGCCCUGCGCGGCCGUCCGGCUGUUCCGUCGUCAUUGCGACUUGCUACUUGUGCAGCUCCGGACAAGCAGUAUAUGUCCCGGCAUGCUCAUCAGUGCCCAUGCAUCAUAUGACAAGCUAUACGUGUUGAUGCUGACACCGAGCCGGUGUGUCGAGGAGCAACAUUGAACCGCCAGUAUGGCCUCGCCCGACGCAAACUCCACCACCACCACCGCGGCGACCUCAAAUUCUCCAACGACUAUCUGGGUUCCGAUCCUCGUCGUAGGCUGCACUGUAUUCUUCCUCGCCGCGUUUGUCUACACCUCCCACCGCUUCGUGAUCUGUGCCACCGGGCGCGAUCGUAGCUCUACGCGCGAUUUGGAGAGCGCAGACGAGCUGAGCAUCGUCAAACGCUUGAACAAGGCGGCCUGCAGCCAGCUCUACAGCGCCUGGAAGGAGAUCUGCCGCACCGACGAGACGGCGGCAGUACGAGAGCCCGAUGCCGAGCCCGGGCCUGCUGACUGCGCCAUUUGUCUGGAGACACUGCAGGAUGCAGACGUCGUUCGGGCGUUGCCCUGCAAGCACGUUUUCCACUCGGAGUGUCUGCUGAAGUGGGCUGUGGCGAGACACGACAGCUGCCCACUUUGCAAGGCCCGGUUCUACGGCAAAAUGAAGUAAUAUAAUAGCCCAUGUUUCGUGGCGAGUGUACAGGAUGUCGCUCCGCCCGACGCCUAGACUCCAGCUAUGAGCCGCAAACGCUUCUGAACGCUCAGGGGAAGAUGCAGCAGUGCGCGAGCGUGACAAAAUGGCGUCUUUGAUAAGACCGUAGAACCACAUUCUACACCUCU